AUGUCGCAUAGUGAAAUCCUUCCAAAUACCCAGAUAAAGGGAUACACAUUUCUCACUCGACUCGGAGCAGGUGCAUUUGCCAAAGUAUAUAAGGUUGAGCAAACAGAAACCAAAAAAGUCUUUGCCAUAAAAGUUUUCCCAAAAUCUAACUUGAAAGACAAUGAUGAUAUAAAGAGAUUUCAGCGUGAAAUUGACACAACAGCCAACCUCAAGCACGAUAACAUUGUGAACAUGCACGAUUUCUUUUCCGAUGAGAAUAAUUUUUACUUGGUCUUAGAUUACUGUCAGAAUGGCGAAUUAAUGGACUAUAUCGCUAAAAACAAAAGGAUUGCAGAGCCUACUGCAGCUUUGAUCUUCGAACAGAUAGUUGCUGCCGUUGCAUAUUGUCAUUCAUUUGGAGUCGCACAUCGUGAUUUUAAACCUGAAAACGUUUUAUUUGAACGUUUUCCACAUGUUAAGGUCAGUGAUUUCGGCCUUUGCGGCUACAUGGAAACAUCAAAAAUGAUGACUACAUUCUGUGGCUCUCCGUGCUACUCGGCACCAGAGUGUCUUUACCAUAAAGCUUACGACGGCCAAAAGAGCGACAUUUGGUCACUUGGCGUCAACUUAUAUUUAAUGGUUACAGGAAAACAUCCGUGGAACAUUUCAAACAUCAAUGUGAUGAUGAGAGAUAUUGUUACAUGCAACUAUCAAGUACCAAAAAACGUCUCUCCUGAAUGCAAAGACCUUAUUUGCAGAAUAUUAGUUGCAGAACCGGAAAAUCGACCAACUUUGGACCAAAUACUUAAACAUCCAUGGAUGAAGUUCGCAGAAAAGGCCAAGAUCCUGCAAACACAAGGAAGAAAGCACUCUCUUCCACCUCUUCCUCCAAUGCAAGCGAAAAAGUUUGCAGAAUUAACUUCUUCAUCAAGAAGAGAUGGAGAUGAACUGGGAAUAGCAGCACCUCUUUCUCUAUUCCCAACAAGAGCUCCUCCAGGUCAUCCAAUCGUAAGAAGCUCAUCAAAUUCAAGUUUUGGCGGAAGUCGACCAAAUUCGCCAAAAGUUUCGAUACCAAACCCGAACAAGUUCGCAGGGAGAAGACAAAGGUCUGUUGAGUGUUUCAACCGUCCUAAGCUCAUCCCUUGA